GGUCCAGGGCCUAAAAAUGGACAGUGGUUUCAAAGAAAAUUGAAAGUGACCGAUACAGAUCUGCAUAAAAACCGAGAAAGUGAUUUUUUAUAAUCAGAAGUUUUCUGGUUCUAAAUUUGGAAGUUUUAAAAUUGAAAGUGACCGCGUUUAACGACAUCGACGUCAAAUUUUGACAUUCCUGCCGCUAUGAUAAAGAUGAUAACCUCGAAACCAGUUUCUAAUGUAAAAUCUGGAUUUUUCAACCUAGUGAGACAACAUCUAAAAAUACACAAGAACCCAAGCUACUAAAUCUACCAAUUCGAUUAAAAUAAAAAUACAAGAAAAUCAUAAAUACAGGAUGAAGUUUGAAGGAGGAGGAUUAAGUUUAGUUUUGAAAUUCUGUUUAGUUCUAGGAUCAGAUCAUAAUCAUAAUCGGUGGAAACGAGAAGGAGAAGAGUAUGUGUUUCCUGUACCGAAAAUAGAAAAUGUAUAUCAGGCGUGGAAGCCGAUAGAUUACGGGCAUCCCCUGGUGGACCCAACAAUGCACUAUAUACCACCAGAACUAGAAACAGUUCACAUAGGUCCACAGGAACCAGAACAAUUCGACCCGUUUGGAGAGGGUGCAGUUACAGAUCAAUUUCUAAAAGCCAAGAUAUAUCUAUCUCCAGAAACCGGCAGAUCCAACGAGGACGGGAUCCAUAAUCCUGAUCGUGUUCAUGUUUACAAGGCGCAUAGUUCACAUCGUGUUGUCAAAGCUGAACCAGGAAACAUCAUCCCAGAUCACACCAAGGCAUCACCGCGCAUAGACAUCGAGGAUUACCGAGAAGCGAGUGCGCCGCAACCUCUUAAAUCCGGAAUAUACUACGUGGACGACCCUUUUGAAGAGUUCAGACCAAAGAAAAGACGACGGGACCCGACAGCUGACAGAUUCAGAUUUCCCGGAGACAAAGGAUUCGGUAGAAGGGUAGAUAUAGAGAGAGAGGAGAAAAGGAACAAUGAUAAUUCUGAAGGAAUGUAUAUACCUGUAUCUCUUCUAUCCACUCCGCCAACUAUAGAAACCACAGAUAGGUCCUACGGAGAUAUCGUUAACGAGGACUUUUAUCAGUUCGAGUUGAAGAAUAAAAAUCCACAGGUUUAUCCUGUCGGCCCUGAACUCCCUCCAGUCCCUGCUCAGGGUUCUGUGUUCCCCCUGGGAAACCCCUACGGUGUCCCUAACUACCGAAGGACCCCUAACCGAGGUCUUCAGGGAGUGUUUGGCCCUAGGAUCCCUGAGGUCUCUGACCAUCCUCCUAGGCUAGAUACUAGACAGGGUGAACCUAACGUGUGGAACCCUCAACCUGCAUCAUAUGUUGUCAAGGAUAGAGAAUUCUCUGGACAGCCGACAAUUAACAGACAGAGUGGUGUAAGGUCCGGCUACCCUCAGGAUGAAGGCGGGAACCUUGAAGCCCGCCCCCCGGCAAUCAAUCCACAAUAUCAUCGGAGAGAGUUUCAGGAAAAUAGAGAGACACCGUUUACCUCCUCAGGGGCCUCUGAUGUUCCUCAGGAAGAUGUUCAGGGACCCCAAGAUAUUGGAUAUCAGCUGAUCUACUCACAGUCUAGAGGAUUAGAAAAAUCUGAAUCCGGAUGCCCCCAUGGACUACCAAGCUUUCUCCGGAGCAUUUGCAACCCGUCCUCCCAGCAGAAGCAGCGCAUGGAUCGAAGUUCCUUCUCUGAGCACGUUGAUCCAAACAUGCAGAAUAUUCUGAUGAAAGAAAUGGCGCCAAAUCCAAUGUUUCAUCACGCCAUUUCGCGACGAUUGCAAAAUUUGGCGCCAGAUCAAAUUGCAAGAUUCUCGAAUCUUCCGCUAGAUAGUGCUGAUGAUGGGGCAAGUGGGCCAGCACCCACACAUUAUAAUUUUGUGCAAGAUACACAGUAUUUCACUGAGUCUGAGGAUGAAAAUGUUCCUGACGAGUCCUCUCUCGUUCCAACCCUAGCUCGGAGUAUUGAUGUUCCUGAUCUCAAGGAACGGAGUAUCGAUGUUCCUGGUCUUGAGGAAGAAACCAACUCGUUCCCUGAAAAUGUUUUAACUGCAGACUCACAGGUUCCUUUUGAUUUUGUUGAAUCUACACCCGCUAGAUCCGGUGAAAUCCAAUAUUCUGUGGCGGGCGGAAAUGUGGCAGUGUACAAACCGGAAAUAACAACUGCCACCACAACCACAACUACAACAUCUACAACUCCUAGACCCAGCACUACCACUGAAAAACCCGCAAUUCCAUUUCAAUAUCAAACGCCAAUUCCUGGCUACGAUCCACCUAAACCCCGACAAAGACGACCUCUUGUGUAUGCUAAACGUCAACAAGGAGGACAGCCUAGUAUCUCUCAACCCUUUGAAUAUAUUUCCAAACUGUCCAGUAUAUUAAGUGAUCGGGUUUUUAAUGUUGGAUCCACAAGGCCACCUCAAGGUGUUUCAUCCCCUCACCGACAACAACUCAAACGACAACGUGUUCAACAACGAAAUUUUCCGUUCUUCUAGAUCGGAAAAAAAUUCAGGAAUUUCCUCGCAAAACAAUAAAAUAAAUCAGCUAACAUGCUGAUACGAAGUCUGGGCAUUGGCGCUGCAUACAUAGUAACCUAGAACCUAGUCGAUAUUUUUCAAGUUAACACUAACAGACACUCAAGUGACGUUUUUGGAAACCUCCAUUUUGUUUAACAGAACCUUCAUUUUGUUUUUUAGAUCCUCCAUUUUGUUUUUAAGAACUUCCAAUUGGUUUAAAAAACCUCCAUUUUGUUUAUUGAAAUCCUCCAUUAAAUUUUCACGACUACUUUACAGACUACUUACUGGCCUAUAGUUUCCUAGUCUUGACCUACAAGUCCCUAGUCCUGACCAAGUCCUUAGUCCAGAGUCCGGACACAGAUCAAAUCAAAACAAAAAUUGUUAUCAGAUUAAUUACAAAUCUGGAUUUCAGGGUUUCUAGUCAUAAAAAUCCUCGAAAACUAACAAAACUGUCAGAUAAGACAAGAAAGAAAACAGUGAAGAUUCUACAGUUAAUGAUACAACUGAAGAGAGGAACACUAAACAAGUUAUUUUCCAUAUUUUAUGGUUUCACCAGUGUCCUUCCAAUUGACACAGAACAAUUUUAGUCUUGCAACAUAAAUGCCCUGUUAGCAAAUAUUUAAAUAGUAAAGUCAAACUAUGCAAAUAUGUUAGUUUUGUGUGUACAAUUUUCUCUUGCGUACACAAAAAAGGAUUUAUGUACUUUUGUAUUAAAUAAUUUCGUUAGAUAUGAGCAGGAGCUUUUUUUAGUUGCUGUAUAAAGAGCUUAGUUGCUUAAUCUCUAGGCUUCUACAGGGGCCUGAGAAAACCUAGAAAAAAUCGAUCGCUAAAAAAAUAUUUGUUAAUUAUUUUACGAAAAAAAACAUUAUGGAAAAUUUGAUCUUUUGUUUAGACAACACAUUUUUGUAAUUGUUUGAUAAAAAAAAACGGUUUUGUGUGAUGAAAAAUUACAAUUUUAAUACAACUUUUUUGGUUGAGUUUUCUCAGUCCUCUACUUACAUAAGUAAAGGCUUCCUUAAAUGUACAUAAAAAGUUAUCAAUAUCAACUAAAGAUUCAAAUUCAGAAAAAUUUAGCUGAAAAAGAAAUUUUCAAAAAUUUACAAAAUAUUUUAAGAUUUUAAAAUCUAUGCUCAAUCUUCAGAAAAUCAAGCUUCCACAGUACAGUGUACACUGUGUUCACUAGUGUGACAAUGAAAUGAUUAUGUAAUCUUGUACACUGUACAGUUUAUAUUAGUGUGAUUAUGUAAUCUUGUACUGUGUACACUAGUGUGACGAUGAAAUAAUGUACAGUGUAAACAAAGAGAUUAAGUGCACACUAGUGUGAUUAUGUUAUCUUGUCCACUGUACAGUGUAUAGGGUACACUAGUGUAAUUAUGUAAUCUUGUACAGUGUACACUGGUGUGAUUAUGUAAUCUUGUACAGUGUACACUGGUGUAAUUAUGUAAUCUUGUACAG